AUGGAGACAACGGCGCGCACAACGGGUGCCGAUGCCCAGGCGGAGGAGUUGCGGAGGAGAAAUGUCACCGGGCAACCACCGGCCGCGCCAGUAGUGGCACCGGUACAUGAGAAGGAGAAGUCCAAAGAGAAGCCCUUCGACCUCCUCUCUGCCCUCGACGAGUAUGAGUUCAUCUGGGCGCCUCUGAUAUUUACCUUCUUCGCCUUCUUCACGCGCAUGUACAAGAUUGGUCUCUCGCCAAUUGUCACCUGGGAUGAAGCUCAUUUUGGUAAAUUCGGUUCGCACUACCUCAAACGCGAGUUCUACUUCGAUGUCCACCCCCCGCUCGGAAAGAUGCUCGUCGGUUUGUCGGGAUACCUUGCAGGAUACAAUGGCUCGUUUGAAUUCAAGUCGGGAGAAAAAUACCCGCCUGAGCUCAACUACGCCUUCAUGCGCCUCUUCAACUCGGCCUUUGGCGCAGUCUGUGUUCCACUGGCAUACUUCACUGCGAAGGAACUGAACUUCCGUCGACCGGUUGUAUGGUUUGUCACUUUGGCAGUCCUCUGCGAGAACUCGUACACCACCAUCAGCCGCUUCAUUCUUCUCGACUCCAUGCUGCUCUGCUUCACCUUCACCACUGUCUUCUGCUGGUCCAAGUUCCACCGUCAGCAGCACGACCCCUUCUCUCCCGAGUGGGGUCUAUGGUUGAUGCUGACUGGUGUAUCAAUUGGAUGCGUGUGCAGUAUUAAGUGGGUUGGUUUCUUCGUCACUGCCCUCGUUGGACUGUACACCAUUGAGGACCUCUGGAACAAGUUUGGUGAUCUGAAGAUGCCAAAGGUUGAACUGGUCACACAUCUUGCUUUCCGAGUAUUCGGUCUCAUUCUUAUCCCUCUCGCCGUCUACAUGUUCUCCUUCUACCUGCACUUCUUGAUUCUCGAAAACAGCGGACCGGGCGAUGCACAGAUGAGCUCCCUCUUCCAGGCAAACCUACGAGGAACCGAGGUGGGCAAGAACAGCCCGCUGGAGGUCACCUUUGGCUCUCGUGUGACACUGAAGAACAUGGGAUAUGGUGGUGGACUGCUCCAUUCUCACGUCCAGACCUACCCCGAGGGUUCUACGCAGCAACAAAUCACUUGCUACCACCACAAGGAUGCCAACAACGACUGGUUCUUCUACCCCAACCGCCAUGAAGUCGAGUACAAGCCAGACGAGGAGCUCCGCUACCCAGGAAACGGUGACGUCAUUCGCUUGAUUCACGCCCAGACUGGCCGUAACCUCCACUCGCACGCCGUCGCCGCUCCUGUCACCAAGAGUGAUUGGGAAGUAUCUUGCUAUGGAAACACGACUGUCGGAGACACCAAGGACCACUGGGUUGUUGAGGUAGUCCGCGACGCUGCUUCCAGAGACUAUUCUAAGCUCAGGACGCUCACCACUUCCUUCCGUCUCAAACACAAGGAUCUCGGGUGCUACCUACGUGCCGGCAAUGUUAACCUUCCACAGUGGGGUUUCAAGCAGAUUGAAACGACCUGCGUAAAGAAGAACAACCCCCGCGAUGUCUACACCCACUGGAACAUUGAGAGCCACACCAACGAGAGACUGCCACCGGGCAACCCUGGUGAUUACAAGUCGCCCUUUCUCCAGGAUUUCAUUCAUCUCAAUGUUGCUAUGAUGACAUCCAACAACGCGCUCGUCCCCGACCCAGACAAGCAGGAUGAUCUUGCUUCUAGCUUCUGGCAGUGGCCCAUCCUCCACGUUGGUCUGCGUAUGUGUGGUUGGAAUGACGACAUCGUCAAGUACUUCCUCCUUGGUAACCCCCUCGUCUACUGGGGCAGUACUGCAUCUCUCGGUAUCUUUGGACUCAUCGUCCUCUUUUACCUUGUUCGCUGGCAGCGCGGCUACAAUGAUCUCAACAAGUUUGAAAUCGACCAGAUCCACUACGCCGGCAUCUACCCCAUCAUCGGCUGGGUCCUGCACUAUAUUCCGUUCGUUGCAAUGGGCCGUGUCACAUACGUGCACCACUACUACCCUGCACUGUGGUUUGCCAUCCUCGUCAUGGGCUUCUGCCUUGACUUUAGCACCAGGAAGCUCAGCAAGCAGGUCCAGUGGGGCAUCUGUGCCGGACUGUACGCCGCCACCAUUGGUCUGUACAUCCUCUUCGCGCCCACGUCGUUUGGUAUGGUGGGACCCAACAGCCAAUACAAGUACCUCAAAUGGUUCGACAGCUGGAGGGUUACCGACUAAGCGCUCGUGUUAGGGGGCGUAGUCGAAAGAGAAUGAGACGUUUUUGAUCUCUUUUCUUCCUCUUUCUUCUCUUUUGUAACAACAGAUUUUGCUCUCUCUCCUUUUCAUUUACUGGGUGUCUAGGGCAUUUAUGUAUGGGAGGGCAACCAUGCAGGCAGGGCAGACAGGCAGAUGAGCAUCUAUAUCAGGGCAGCGUUUUUAUACAAGGCCGGGUAGCGAAGGUGUUGAAUGGGAUUCACUUUUUUCCUAUCCAUCGGUUUCGGGAUUGUGAGUUUGUGACACUACCUGUUCUAAGAAAAUGGAAUAUAAUGUGAUGA